AUGCCUUCCAUCUUCUCCCGCAAGAGCAGCCGCAUGGCCAGCAUGGACAGCAGCAACUAUGCCGACAGCACCUACGCCGACUUUGAGUCCGUCUACUCGUACGACAUCAAGGAGGACGCGAGGCAACACUUUACUACCACGACUAUGGACAGCAAGUCCAAGUCGUCAUCCUCGUCCAGUGGACGCAUCACACCAGAAGAGCUGGCCAAGUACCAGAAGAAGAUUCCCCGCUGGCUCGUGUUUGCUUCAUCCUUUGGCAACCUGCAUCUUAUCCACUCCCGUACCGCAACAGCUCAGAUCAGCUCAGCUCAGCUCGGCUCCGGCCCGGAAACCAACAACCCCUCUUUCCUCAAGCCGGAUUCGGGCAAAAAGCUAGCGUCACAAGACUGA